CCGGUGCGGGGCCGGUGCGGGGUCGGUGCGGGGCCGCCGCCGCUUCAGCUCCGGCAUCAGCGCCACCGCUGCCAUGGCCUCCGUGCAGCAGCGCCUGCAGCGCCUCCUCUACAGCCCCGGCCCGAUCGGCGACCUGAUGGGUCGGCUGGAAGCCCGUACCGGCGUCCAACGGCUCUACCUGGCCACAGGCUCCGUGGCUUUCCUGGGGCUGUACCUCAUGUUCGGCUACGGCGCUUCCCUGCUCUGCAACGUCAUCGGCUUCGUCUACCCCGCCUACGUCUCCAUCAAAGCCAUCGAGAGCAACAGCAAGGAGGAUGACACCACGUGGCUCACCUACUGGGUGGUCUACGGCGUCUUCAGCGUCGCCGAGUUCUUCUCCGACCUUUUCCUCUACUGGUUCCCCUUCUACUAUGCCGGGAAGUGCCUGUUCCUGGUGUGGUGCAUGGCCCCAGUGCCCUGGAACGGCUCCCAGGUCAUCUACCACAGCGUCAUCCGGCCCUUCUUCCUCAAGCACCACCGGACCGUGGACAACAUGAUGGGUGACAUCGGCACCAAGGCCCUGGACGCGGCCUCCACCGUCACCCGAGAAGUCCUGCAGACUCUGGCCAACAGCAGAGCCCGGCUGGCGGCCGGGGUGGCCCCGCAGCCCAGCCUGCCCGCGUCAAAGCAUCCCUGAACCUGGCAGAGUUAGCGCAGAAGGUGAAGUAAGAGGGGCAUCGGGGCUACUGGUACCGGCACUACAGCCCCGGUACGGGCAUCAGUACCGGCACCAGCGGCCCCAGUACCGGCACCACGCUCCCAGUACUGGUACCGGCAACCCCCGUUCUGGCACCGAAGCCCCCCCUACCGGCACUGCAGACGCCGGUACCGGCACCAUGAUCCCGGUACUGGUACCGGCAUCCUCCGUUCUGGCACCGAAGUUCCCCAUACAGGAGCCGGUACCGGCACCGUGCUCCCGGUACCGGCACCAUGGCCCUGUUAACGGUACCGGCCAGCCCGGGCCGCACCCGUCCGGGAUCCCGAGUUUCUGCAGUCCGAGUGUGUUGUACCCCAGCCCCCGAAUAAAUCCCGGUGCCACCAA